AUGUCAAUUCUGGCCCACCAGUGUGAUAGCCAGAAUCGUAUGCACAGUUAUAAGCCUAAUAAAUUACGUUCUCCUACCUGGAUGCAAAAAUUCCAUAAAGGCAAUUGCUUCGAAUGUGCAACGUUUCUGACAAGUUUGCUGUUAGGGCAAGGGUACAAUGCGUUUGUGGUAAGCGGCUGCGCAUCUAGGGAGCAAACCACGUGUGACUUGACGAGAAUCGCGUACCCCUACAAGCGACAACCGGAACCACCACCUCGUUCGCCGGUAGAGAUUGAGAUUUCGAAAUAUAAACUCGAAUCGCCUGCGGAAUAUAAAAGUCAAUUUUUGGCGGAACUGGAGGAGGAGGAGCAAAGAAAAUUGCAAGAGAAAUUAAAACGACAAGAGGAAGAGCAACAGAGAUUAAUUGAAGAAUUGGAGCAGUCUCCUUUAGAUAAACAUUGGGGGUUCAGAGUACACGCUUGGGUAGCGAUUCUACCAGAGUUAGGAGGACUGAGAGACCAAGAAUUCUCUGGACCACUUUUUAUCGAACCCUCCACCGGUGUAUCCUACAAUUCGCUGGAUACAGACGAACUGUACUUGAAUGUAGAAAGCAUAUGGAACGAUCAGAAUUAUUGGGUGAAUAUGCAAUCGUCUUCAGUGUCAUGCUCAAACAUAAUAUGGGACCUAACGAAAUUGGAACUGUGGGAACACGUACUUCCCGGGGAACCGUGGACAAUGCGGGGAAUAGGAGAGGCGAUCGAUGAGGAUUCAGCUAUACUACAGGAGAAACAUUUAGACAUGCCGAUCUCUUAUGUACAGGAGAUACAGAUCACUGACGAAGAAUAUGAAAGAAGAUAUCCGAACGGCAUGAAAACGAUAUUUUACAAGAAAACAAAGGUUGAUCUUUAUACGCCGUACUUGCACCUGGAUGGUUUGAUAGAGAGGAUAACCAAGUACGAUGAUUACGAUUACCUGAAUCUUAUAGAGUACGAGGAAUUAUACGUGAACAGAUCAGAUCAGCUUGUAAAAUGUAAGAAAAAUCUGACCAAUGAUUCUGUUAUUGAUUUUUAUGAAAGAGGUCGACCGGAUCAAUGCAAAGAACAUCGGUAUUUCGGAAAUGGUCCCGAUACAGUGGACAUGGAACGCAUUUUGGAAUUUUAUCAUGUUGCUCGUAUCGAUGGGCUUUCGCGGUUAGAAAUGCAUCCGAAUUACUUGACACAACACUUUGUCGAUCGUGAUGAUUUCUUGUAUUAUAGGCACGCAGAGUUUUCUCAGGAGCGGAAUAUCCCUUCGUCUAACGAUAUACACUACCGGGAGAUAUCGAAGAUCCUUGAAGAAUUUAACAGAAACGAAACAGUAAAAGCCAGUAAGGAUGUCGCGAUUCGUGAGUUUGCUAUCGGUGAGAACGAAAUACGACUCACGUACCAUUAUGAACCAGGACAAUACAGCAGAGCUACCAGAAUGUACAUAAAACCACCGCUGGCGGAAAGGGGUGACCGCUUAGUGUUGAAUCCCACUAUGACACAAGGAUAUAAUCCUUCAAAUGUACCUGACAAAACUGUUGAAUUACUUUAUGAGCUGGAGAUGCAACUUAAGCAGGAGGAUCGAUCUAUAUCUUACGUCAGAGGUACCGAAGUAGAAGUAUCGAACUUCCUGAAAAUCAGAGACGACGAAUACUUAUCACCGAAGUUAUUGGUAUCUGUAUUUAACAAGACCCGAGACGAGGAAACUGUGACUGAAAUUAUGCAUGAUUGGUCACGCGUUCAAAGUAAAAAAUCCAUGAUGGACACGGUAGAUUAUUUGAAACCGUAUUUAGCGCGUUUGGGGAAUCCUGAUGAAUUAUCCAUGCAGCAAGCAUUUAUACUACGAAACCAGUGUCUCAACGAUUAUAAACAAUUACUCAUAGACAGAGCAAAUAAGAUCCUGCAUAAAUUUGAUGAAGAUUCGCAGAAAGUGACAAAAAUGCAAGAAAAAUUAUUGUUCCAGGCCAAUGAAUUAACCCGCGAAGAAGAGGAGCAAAUAUUAGAACAAAUGAAUGAAAUCAAUUUCAAUAUGAUGACUUUAGAAACCCGACUGAAUCGUCACAAAAAUCUAGUUCCAGCGCGAUACAAAAUGUUGGUGAAUCACUUGGAACAAAAUUCUCACCUCGCGACCUUUCGGAGUACAUUUCCUUCUUUCAUAUAA